CUUUUGCUCUGCCUAGUCUCUGUUCCAUGUCAGCCUUUCCAGGCAUCAGCACCAGAGUUUCCCCUUUAGCAUCUUGUUCCCAGUCCCAGCCCAGGUGAUUUCAGUUUACUGAGGAUAUCACAGGCAGCUUCCCAACUUGUGUCCUUCUGCUCCUGUAACAAAAACAGAGAAAGAACAGAGAAAGUUACUCAUGGACAAUUUAACUGGCAGCAAAUUCCCUAUGUUUGUGCUGCUCCAUGGAAGUGGGAGCACAGCACCAGGGUCCUUGUAUGCUGAGCUCUGUCCUCUCCUUUGGCCAUCCACAGAGGCUGCAGCACCGAUGUGAUCAAGGUCUUGCUCUCCAGCUUGGCCCUAGUCAGUCUGCUUCCUGCAGACUCUGGCCAGCAGGCAGAGCUCUGGAAGUCCUUGGAAUUCCAGCCCAGCCCAGCAGGUCUGUGCUGAGCUGCUGAGUGCUGACUGCUUUCCCUUCCUAUCCCAUGGUGUAUGUAUGCAAGGAUAAUGAUGGGAUGUGGCACUUGGGGGAUGCUCUGUCUGCUGGUGUUGGUCUCACUCCCUCGUUUACUCUCCUGAAUCUCCUUCCAGUGUGGGAGCAGCUCAGUGAGUACCUUAGAGGUGCUGUGUGCCUGGAAUUCCCUGGGUAGCUGCCCAGACCCUUGAGCUAAAAGGAUUAGGGUGGUCCUUUUGAACCUGAAGGAUUCCUAAAUCAAUCGCUUAUUUACUCAUCACUGGUCCCUGAGUGUCACUUGCCCGUUCCUCCCUCUGCUCUCUCCCCAGUGGUGGGGAGUGCUGGAAGAGAAAAGCUCUUUGUGAGUUCACCAUCACCUACCCCAGGUGUAUCAAGCUGCAUCUGAUGCUGUGGCUGUGGGGAUGGUGAGCAAGGUGAGGGGGCAGAAUGGGUUCUCUUGCUCUGCCAUGCUGCUAAAGAGGCUGUUCACAUAGUGCCAGCUGAAUCCUUAUUUUUGUCCUCCCACCCCAACCUGAAAUAGAGGAAGUAAGAGUGUGGUGGAGAGCCAGACACUUAUGUACAAGGGUUCUUGUUGCCUCCAUCUGCUAAAAGCCUGUCCCAAAGGAGACAGCACUUUCCCAAAGCUGGAAUUUCAUUAAAACAGGUUGUUUUGAGAGCAGAGAGUAUGAAGGAGAAAGGGGAAAAUAUCUCGGAGGAGGGAGGUUUGCCGAGGCAACUACUCAAACGUCAUGGCUUCUGGGGGUGGGAUGGGCAUGUUUGGCAUAAUCAGAGGAAUUUGUACUUCAGAAUCUCCAGGAGAUGUAGCUGCUAAUGAUGUCCUGGCUAUGCAGAGUAAUUAACAUCUGUUUCUGUAUUUGAACAUUCAGGCAGCGUGCCCCACCAGACAUCGCUGCGUUCCCGUCCAGCCCCUCGGGAGCUCCUGCCCUGUUGCUAAUUGUUGAGAGCUGUCCAGAGUCCUCCUCCACUCCAUCCUGCUGUGCUCCCGAGGCGUGGCACUCCCUGCUCUGAUAACAACUCACACCAGGAUGCUGAGCAGCAGCUGCUGGCAGGGAGUGGGGCCAGUGGUGGGCACGGAACUAUAAAGUCACAGCCAGAGGUUCUGAGAGCACAAGUGAAGAGUCUGAGCUGACCCAAAAGCUGUCUCCAGGAGGGACCGAGCUCCAGCUGGGAUGUCCUGGGAAGCACAGAGCCCUCUGUGUGCUGGAGUUCAAGAGGAUACUCAUUGAGGGACCAAAAAUGUAAGCAGCUCGGGACAGCAGCUGCUCCUUCCUGGCUUGGUGUGCUCCCAGUGCUUGGUGCAGGGACCUUCUAGCAUGCUCCACUCAGCGGGUGCCAGCAGUGGCUGCUCGGGACCAGGGACACCAAGCUGACCCUCCAGCGACUGCCCCUGUACCUGCCAAGCAGGAAUUGUGUUGGUGCUUCUGGAGUAGCUGGUCCAGAGAUCUGCUCUUGGAAAGAACCGACCUUCCUUUGUCCAGCGUGCUGGGAUCUCUGCAGCAGCCCAUGCCGCAGCGCCUCGCCCGUUCCACCCGAGCUGCCCAUGCCACUGGCUUGGACCUAACCUAGGCUCAGUCUCAGCAGGCCUGGGCAGGGGGGAACCAUGGGGAGCUCUGCCUCAUCGCUGGCCGCAGAGACGGAGUCGGACCAUGGCUUCAGUAGCUCGCCCUACCCGGGGCACCCGGCCGUGGGCUGGUAUAGGAGCAGUCCCGGUGGCCCCGUGUGGGAAAGUGCCCUUAUAACACGGCAGCACCAGCACUUACAGCACCGGCUGCGAAGCCACUCCCACUCUCCUGGCUCCAUGGCUGCUGUCCGCGAGUGGUCCUGCACGCGCUGCACCUUCCUGAACCCCGUGGGCCAGCGGCAGUGCUCCAUCUGCGAGGCCCCUCGCCAGAAACCCGACCUCAACCACAUCCUGAGGCUCAGCGUGGAGGAACAGAAAUGGGCCUGUGCCCGCUGCACCUUCAGGAACUUUCUGGGCAAGGAAACCUGUGAGGUGUGUGGCUUCACCCCCGAGCCGGGACCCAGUGGCUCCCCCUUGCCCGUCAUCAACGGCAUCUUGCCCAAGCCUGCCGUGCUGGUGGAGCCCAAGGGCACGUCCAAGGAGGAGGCUGCCAAGGCAGAAAGCAGCAGCGAGGACUCAGAGGGGAAGAGCCCCGAUGAGGCAGAGCUGGAGAGCGGCUGGGCUUGCCAGCGCUGCACCCUGCACAACACGCCCGUGGCCAACUCCUGCUCCGCCUGUGGUGGCCCACGCAAGCUCUCCCUGCCCAAAAUCCCACCAGAGGCGCUGGUCGUCCCUGAAGUCAUCACCCCAGCCGGAUUCCACAUGGCCCCCUCCACCCCGCAGCCUUUAGUCUCCGCAGAGAUCUCUGACGGCGAUGCCGUGGCCACUCAGGGUCCAGUGGCAAUGGAACAAGAGGCCCAGAAGAUACCAGCCUUCAGCCCCUUCUCCCCCGGGCUCCAGAACAACCCCGUGCCCCGAAGCCGGCGGGAGGUGCCCCCACAGCUGCAGAUACCGGGCUCCGAAGGCUCCCAGCCCGCGGCUACGGGUGCCGUGGGGCAGAAGGGCUCUCCCCAAGGCCAGGCCAGGGCUGCCCCUGCCGCACGCUUCCCAGACCUGCUGUCCAACAAACGGCUGAGCGUGCUGGAGGAGGAGAUGGAGGUCAGUCCAUCCCACUGGAAGUGCAGCUCCUGCUCCCUGCUCAACUCCGCCGGGGCCGGCAAGUGUGAGGUUUGCAGCACCCAAAAAGGCAGCGACACCAUCAACCUGGUGGGGGACUCCGUGAGGUUCACCCCGUGCAGCCCCUCCAGCCCCGACUUCACCACCUGGUCGUGUUCCAAGUGCACCCUCAAGAAUCCCACGCAGGCCCAGAAGUGCAAGGUGUGCGGCUCCUCCAAGCUGCACGGCUUCCAGGAGCACGGGGCUCCGGGCGAGGCGGCCCCGCGCUGCCCCGACUGCGACAGGGCCGGCUGCUCCUGCGGCGCCAAGGCCCCGUCGGCGCGCAAGGUCGCUCGGCUCUUCCCGGCCCCGCUGCCCGGCGGGCAGGACAGGCCCGGCCAGUGGGCCUGCCCCGCCUGUACCCUGCUCAACGAGGUGAAGGCCAAGCACUGCGGCGCCUGCCACACCCCCCAGCAGUACGUGGCCCAGCACAAGGGCCUCAAGCCCCUCAAGAGGAGGGAGAGCAUGCAUGUGGAGAAGAGGAGGCAAACAGAUGAGGGCGAGGCCAAAGCCCUGUGGGAAAACAUUGUGACCUUCUGCCGGGAGAACAAAGUCAAUUUCGUAGACGACAGCUUCCCCCCCGGGCCCAGGUCCGUGGGGUUCCCGGAAGGUGACAGCGUGCAGCAGCGGGUGAAGCAGUGGCUGCGGCCCCACGAGAUCAACUGCAGCAUCUUCAAGGAGCGCUCAGUGAAGUGGUCGGUGUUCCGCACCCCCCGGCCCUCGGACAUCCUGCAGGGGCUGCUGGGCAACUGCUGGUUCCUGAGCGCCCUGGCCGUGCUGGCUGAGCGGCCCGAGCUGGUGGAGAGGGUGAUGAUCACCAGGACUCUGUGCCCCGAGGGCGCCUACCAGGUGCGGCUGUGCAAGGACGGCACGUGGACCACGGUGCUGGUGGAUGACAUGCUGCCCUGCGACGAGUGUGGAUACCUGCUCUUCUCCCAGGCCCAGAGGAAGCAGCUGUGGGUGGCCCUCAUUGAGAAGGCGCUGGCCAAGCUGCACGGUUCGUACUUCGCCCUCCAGGCCGGGCGUGCCAUCGAAGGCCUGGCCACGCUCACAGGGGCCCCCUGCGAGAGCCUGAUGCUGCAGGUCAGCUCCACUAACCCUCGCGAGGAGCCCAUUGACACUGACCUCAUCUGGGCCAAAAUGCUGAGUUCCAAGGAGGCUGGGUUCCUCAUGGGUGCAUCCUGUGGAGGAGGCAACAUGAAGGUGGAUGAUGUGGCCUACGAGAGCAUGGGGCUCCGACCCCGGCACGCCUACUCCAUCCUGGACGUGAGGGAUGUCCAGGGCUUCAGGUUACUGCGGCUCCGGAAUCCCUGGGGCCGCUUCUCCUGGAACGGCAGCUGGUCUGACGAGUGGCCGCAUUGGCCACUCCCCCUGCGCCACGACCUGAUGCCCCAUGGCAGCAGCGAGGGCGUCUUCUGGAUGGAGUACAGUGACUUCAUCAAGUAUUUUGACUCCGUGGAUAUCUGCAAGCUCCAUUCAGACUGGCACGAGGUGCGUGUGCAGGGCAUGUUCCCCAACAAAGCCAACGGGCCCGUGACGGUGACGUCGCUGACGGUGUUGGAGCGUGCAGCUCUGGAAUUUGCCCUCUUCCAGGAGGGCAGCAGGAGGUCGGACACAGUGGACAGCCAUUUGCUGGACCUGUGCAUCAUGGUUUUCCGGGCCACCUUCACCAGUGGCAACAAGCUGAGCCUGGGCCGGCUGAUGGCCCACAGCAAACGAGCCGUCAAGAAGUUUGUUAACUGUGACGUGAUGCUGGAGCCGGGCGAGUACGCCGUGGUGUGCUGUGCCUUCAACCACUGGAGCACUGCCCUGGCCAGCCCUGCUGCCCAGGCUUCCAGUCCCACCAGCAGCCGACCAGCCACUGAUUAUUCCAGCUACAUCCUGGCCAUCUACAGCUCCCGCCUGGUGAUGGUGGAGCAGGUGGAGGCACAGCCCACCACGCUGGCAGAUGCCAUCAUCCUGCUGACUGAGAACAAGGGCGAGCGCCACGAGGGCCGUGAGGGGAUGACCUGCUACUACCUGACCCACGGCUGGGCAGGGCUCAUCGUGGUGGUGGAGAACCGGCACCCCAAGUCCUACCUGCACGUGCAGUGCGACUGCACCGACAGCUUCAACGUGGUGUCCACGCGCGGCAGCCUCAAGACACAGGACAGCGUCCCCCCCCUGCACAGGCAGGUGCUGGUGAUCCUGUCCCAGCUGGAGGGUAACGCUGGUUUCUCCAUCACGCACCGCCUGGCGCACCGCAAAGCCACCCAGGCCUUCCUCAAUGACUGGAUGCUGACGAAGGGCACCCACAACCCGCUGCUCACGCCCGAGGUGGCCGGGCUGCACGGCCCCCGGCCCCUAUGACGAAGAGCUCCCCCUCCCCACCCCCCUGCCCCGUUCCUGUCACCGAG